AUCAUUUUUCUUUAGCUACGCAUUUCAUUUUAACCAAUAGACGACCGAGACGAAUCGCUUUUCUUUAUUUUACACAGAGUAUCUUUGGUGUUUUACGGCACCUUUUCGGUAUUUAGCUUUUUACUAUUUGACACGAAAGUCAUACCGCAUUGAAGAUGAACUGUGCCGGCAAGACAAUUUUCUCCUUUUUAAUGCUGGUUGCACCAUCGGUGGUGUUCGGUGACAGCUGUGCAAGCCCUCAGGUGAAACCUAGUAUCUACACAACCACUGAAGCCAGCAGUUCAACUGAUACUGUCUUCAUUGUUCAGUUUUCAUUGACCUGCAAGGGCGGACCAAGUGAUUUGACUCUCUAUGCUGAUGUGAAUGGAAAAACUGUUGCUGUUACCAGAAAUGAUGACAAUGUCAAAUUCCCAUUCCAGGUUAGCUUCAGUGACGAGAACAAGAAUCUCCCAUCUGGGACGUACGAAGUGAAGUUUUACGAUGAAGAUGGAUUUGCAAACCUGAGAAAGGCUCAGAGGAGUGGAGAGAGCUCAUCAUCUGUAAAGUCCCUGUUCUCUAUUGAGGUUAACCAUCCGGGCGUAUGGAAGGGUCCAUUUGUAUCAAGUGAGCUGGUUGCCACUUUGGUCGCAUUGUUGGUCUUUUUCUCAGCCUACACUGCCAGGAACAGUCUGCAAUCAUCUUGAAAUUAGAACCAGUCUAGAUUUUUUAAUGUGUAAAAAUUGUCAUUUCUUGUUUGUAAAAAAAGAUCAGAAGAUUCAGUUAUACAUUUAUUCUUGACAAGUUUUUGUAUGCAUUAAACAUUUUGGAUGCAUGUCAUGUGCAUUGAAUGUUGAACUCAUUUUGGUAUGCUUUUUAUCUAUCAAAUGUUUCAUGAAUCAAUAAAAAUGAUGUACAUCUGCUGUUUGUUGUAAGUAUUCUGUCUGUUACUCGUAUUGUGAAAUAGAUUGUAGUGUUGUCAUUGAUAGAAUGUUUGUAUUGCUUCUUAAAAUGUUUACACAUAAGCUGUUCAAAAAUAAGAGUGCAAGAGGAAUUGUUUGAAUGGAUUGUAAUUCUCAGAUAUUUUAUUGAGAAUAAAUAGUGUAGAAAAA